AUGCCUUUUGUAAUACUCUUCUCGGUGUCACACACUCGUUUCGGUAUCACUCACUCUUCUCGGUGUCACACACUCGUUUUCAGUAAAACUCACUCUUCUCGGUGUCACACACUCGUUUCGUUAUUACUCACUCUUCUCAGUGUCAUACACUCGUUUCGGUAUUACACACUCUUCCCCUGUGUCACACACUCGUUUCGGUAUCACUCACCCUUCUCCGUGUCACACACUCGUUUUGGUGUCACUCGCUCUUCUCGGUGUCACACACUCGUUUCGGUAUCACUCACCCUUCUCCGUGUCACACACUCGUUUCGGUGUCACUCACUCUUCUCGGUGUCACACACUCGUUUCGGUAUCACUCACUCUUCUCGGUGUCACACACUCGUUUUCAGUAAAACUCACACUUCUCGGUGUCACACACUCGUUUCGGUAUUACUCACUUUUCUCGGUGUCACACACUCGUUUCGGUAUCACUCACCCUUCUCGGUGUCACACACUCGUUUCGGUGUCACUCACUCUUCUCGGUGUCACACACUCGUUUCGGUAUCACUCACCCUUCUCCGUGUCACACACUCGUUUCGGUGUCACUCACUCUUCUCGGUGUCACACACUCGAUUCGGUAUCACUCACUCUUCUCGGUGUCACACACUCGUUUCGGUGUCACUCACUCCUCUCGGUGUCACACACUCGUUUCGGUAUCACUCACUCUUCUCGGUGUCACACACUCGUUUCGGUGUCACUCACUUUUUCGGUGUCACACACUCGUUUCGUUAUUACUCACUCUUCUCAGUGUCAUACACUCGUUUCAAUAUUACACACUCUUCCCCUGUGUCACACACUCGUUUCGGUAUCGCUCUUCUCGGUGUCACACACUUGUUUGGUAUUACUCGCUCUUCUCGGUGUCACACACUCGUUUCUGUAGUAUCACUCACUCUUCUGGUGUUAGGGGUGGAUCACUAGAAAUUUGAAGAGGGGGUGGCAAUUCCAAAAAAACCAGUUCAUUUUCCUUACUUUUUUAUGACAUAUGUUUUCCAAAUUUUUUUCUUGAUUGACUUACAAAAAAUAUGUUUUUUUCUGCCCUCAGGGGUAUUCAUUUUAACACCUCUACCCAAAUAUUGUAUGGGCCUAGGCCUGUGAUCGCCACAAGGAUUUCUUUUGUCACACUGUUUAUACUUUUCACUUUGAGUGUCGGUGUCCCGUCGGUAUGUAUUCAAUAUGCGACAAAAUAUCCUCUGUGUCACACACUCGCCUAGUGUCACACACUCUUCUCGUUGUCACACACUCCCCUCGGUGACACACACUCGUCUUAGUGUCACACACUCCUUUCGGUGUCCACUUGGUGUCCCUGGUAUAACAGUUCUAACAGCCGGUAUAAAAAGGUCAAUGACGUCUCCAUUUAACGCUCCCGCACAAUGCUAAAGUAUCACCCUUCAACCAUUGAUUUGCAGACGAUCGUCGUAUUUUUUAAAUGAGACUUGCUGGAAAAAGAUUUACAAGUAAACUUGCAGGAGUUCGUGUUACCUACACAGGCCUUCUAACGGUUUAGAAAAUCCCGGGCGUUUGCCCAGGCUAAGACCAUUUAAAACGGACAAAUGAAUGAAUGGA